CCCUUCGUAAAUUCCUGCUACAGAGAUUCUUUACAGUUAAAAUUCCUCACCAGACAAACGCAAUCCUUCAAUAAAUAGAACUCCGCAAUCCAAACCUCUUUCUAUAUCCCAAUCCUCUCUUUCUCCUUUUAUAUUUCCUCGCUUUCUCGCCAACCAAUCACCUCGACACCCAAACACCCAUUCGUUUCAGAAAAGACAAAAAAAAAAAUGGUUGUUGAAAAAAAUAACUGUACGAGCCUCAUUUUCACUUACGGUACCUUGAAACGGGGUUUUUCCAAUCACGUGCUUCUUCAAGAUUUAAUGCGAACCGGAGACGCCGUAUUCAAAGGAGCAUAUCGAACCGUGGAAAAAUACCCUCUCGUUUGCGGGCCUUACCGCGUCCCAUUCCUCCUCAACAUGCCCGGUUCGGCGCACCAAGUCACGGGCGAGUUGUACGCCGUGUCGUCUCGGGGACUUGCCCGCGUCGACGAACUGGAAGGCACGAGUAGCGGGCAUUACGAGCGGCUGCCGAUCCAGCUGAUGCCAGCCGGCAACGGUAACGAAAGCGGGAACAAAGAAAACGAUGAAGAGUUGUUAACGUGCACGGCGGAGGCGUAUUACGCGCACAAGAGUUACGAGAAGGAGAUGUGGAAGAGAAAUGGUAGGAAAGGGCUUUGGAUGUAUUCGGAGAAAGAAGCCAAAGGUUAUGUGAAAAGAAAUGAUAGGCCUCAAAAUCUCAGUUUUUUGGAUCAUAUUAGGAUUUUUAUUUCUUCUCCUUCUGAUUAAUUGAAAAAAUAAAUUGAAAUAAAAUUUGGAUGUUUGUAUUUUGUUAUGAAUUUUCAUGGGUUGUUUUUUUUUUUUUUUUAGCUUUUUCUCUAUUUUGGUGUUAGCGUAAUUUGCAAUAUUGAAGAAAUUACAAAUGAGAAACAAGGUUGGAUCUUCUCAAUUUGCUGCAUUUUGUGUAUAAAUUUUGCAUGGGUAGGUUUUUCAAUGUGAAAAUUAAAGUAUCGUAACUCCAACUUGAAAAUUUCGUAGAAAAAUUCAUUUCAUUAAUAAGUUCCCAUGUUUAGGUCCAAAAUUUUAGCCUCCAAAUGCAAUUUACUAAGAUGAACAGAAUUCAAAUUC